UCCUAUAUAAUUUAACACGCUACGUGCAAAAACGUGUAAACAGCAGCUGUGUAUAAAUGCACUGACAGAACGAGGUGCUUGCUCGGCAGGAACCACAAGGGGGCUGCGGCUGGUGUCGAUCCACUCUCUCUCACUCACUUGCUCAGUCAUUGUAUAGUGUAUCACUUGGUCAGGCUGCUGAAAGCGGAGCCUCAAUACAUCUCCAGAGGUUCUUUUUCUUUCCCAUUAUCCCGAUGCUAUAUUUAUCAUCUGACAACAACAGAUUCAUUUUCUAUUCGUGGCUCAGACAACAGAUUCUCGCAUUUUAAUGGACUAGUCUUUAGUUAUUAUUAUUUUUUUCAAUUGCUGUUUGAACUUCUGCAGAUGGUGAUGCCUACAUUUGGGGAGUAAACUAAACAGUUGCUUAUGUUAUCACCUCCUCCGCGCCUAUGUGAAUCUUGCUAGAGUGUAUUCUGAAUUUACAAAGACUUGGCCAGAAGAACAUGGACUAAAUUUUCUUUCACAAUGGGAUUAAUAAAACUUAGCAUUGCGCUGUCUAUUGUAUGCAUCUGUUCAGGUUUCGGGGUCGAUCCGGCUUUGCAGACCAAUUUUUUCAAUGAAUUUCAGCUCGGGGAGUCUUUUGAUGGAGUUUCACAGGUCCACGGAUUUCACAAUGGAAGCAAAGCAUUUCUCUUUCAAGAUAACUCAAGAAGCAUACAAGCAUCUCCAGAUGUAGCUGAGCGUGUUUUACAGAAAUUAAGGAACAAACAGGAGUUUACAAUUCUAGUAACACUGAAGCAAGAGCGGCUCAAUUCAGGGGUCAUUUUAUCCAUCCAUCAUGCAGAUCAAAGGUUUCUGGAGUUGGAAAGUAGUGGCCAUCGGAAUGAAAUCAGAUUGCAUUACCGUACGAAGAGCCAGCAGGCUCACACAGAGGUGUUUCCGUACAUUUUGGCUGAUAAUCAGUGGCAUAAAGUGUCAAUAGCUGUCAGUGCAUCUCAUGUGAUCUUACAUGUAGACUGCAACAGGAUAUAUGAAAGGGUUGUGGAAACCCCCUCGAUGAAUAUGCCUGGCGACACCACCGUUUGGCUUGGGCAAAGGAAUAAUGCACACGGCUCUUUCAAGGGUAUAAUGCAAGACGUUCAGUUGCUCGUGAUGCCACAAGGAUUUAUUUCUCAGUGUCCAGAUCUCAACCGCACGUGCCCCACCUGCAAUGAUUUUCAUGGCCUCGUACAAAAAAUAAUGGAACUACAAGAUAUAUUGGCUAAAACUUCAGCUAAGCUGUCCCGAGCAGAGGAGAAGAUGAAUAGCUUGGAUCAGUGCUAUUGUGAGAGGACCUGCAAUGCAAAGGGAAAUGUCUACAGAGCGUUUGAAUCAUGGACAGAUGGCUGUAAGAACUGCACUUGCAUGAAUGGUACUGUUCAGUGUGAGACUCUAAUCUGUCCACCUUUACAAUGUGCUCCUGAUUCUGUGCUGGCUUAUGUAAAUGGAGCAUGCUGCAAGGAAUGUCAGCCGAUGUGCAUAUUCAGUGGCAGGGUUUAUCUAGAUGAAGAAAGACAGGCAAUGUUCACAUCCUCUGGAGUCUGCCUUCUCCAUGAAUGCAGGGAUAGGACCAUGCGUCGUAUAACAUAUCCAAGUUGUCCAGAACUUAACUGCGCAACAUCUCAGCAAAUUACACUAGGCAACAGCUGCUGCAAGGUUUGCAAAGGGUAUGACUUUUGCGCUGAUGGACACCGCUGUAUGGAUCACUCUGAAUGCGUGAACUUGGAGGCUGGAGCCUGCUGCAGCUGCAGAGAUGGAUUCCGGGCCCUUCGUGAAGACAAUGCCUACUGUGAAGACAUAGAUGAGUGUGCAGAAGGGCGUCACUAUUGUCGAGAAAACACCAUGUGUGUGAAUACCGCUGGAUCUUUUUUAUGCAUCUGCAACACUGGAUACAUUCGAAUUGAUGACUACUCAUGUACAGAGCAUGAUGAAUGUAUGACAGGACAACACAGCUGUGAUGAAAAUGCUCUGUGUUUUAAUACAGUGGGAGGGCAUAACUGUAUGUGUAAACCUGGCUACACAGGGAAUGGCACAUUUUGUAAAGCUUUUUGUGAAGACGGUUGUCAAAAUGGAGGUACUUGUAUCACUCCAAGCAUGUGUUUGUGUCCUCAAGGUUUUACUGGCCCUGGGUGUGAAACAGACAUUGACGAAUGCUCGGAUGGCUUUGUUGAGUGUGACAGCCGCGCUAAUUGCAUCAACUUGCCUGGAUGGUACCACUGCGAGUGCAGGGACGGCUACCACGACAACGGGAUGCUUUCACCAAAUGGAGAGUCAUGUGAAGACAUUGAUGAAUGCGCGACUGGGAGGCACGGCUGUGCCAGUGACACUGUUUGCUUCAAUUUGGAUGGCGGAUAUGACUGCAGGUGUCCUCAUGGAAAAAACUGUACUGGGGACUGUAUCCAUGAAAGCAAAAUAAAGCAUAAUGGCCAGAUCUGGGUCUUAGAGAAUGACAGGUGCACUGUCUGUUCAUGUCAGAGUGGGUUGGUGAUGUGCCGGAGGAUGGUGUGUGACUGUGAGAAUCCAACCGUUGAUCUGUUCUGUUGCCCUGAGUGCGACCCGCGGCUGAGCAGUCAGUGUCUUCAUCAAAGUGGACAGAUGGCUUAUAGCAGUGGAGACACUUGGGUUCAGAACUGUCAACAGUGUCAAUGCCUGCAAGGAGAAGUGGAUUGCUGGCCCCUCUCUUGCCCUAAAAUUGAAUGUGAGUUCACUGUGAUCCCCGAAGGAGAGUGCUGCCCGCGGUGUGUCAGUGACCCCUGUCAGGCAGACACAGUGCGCAAUGACAUCACCAAGACGUGCACCGAUGAGCACAACAUGGUUCGCUUCACCGGCUCCUCAUGGAUCAAACAUGGCACAGAGUGCACCCUCUGUCAGUGCAAGAAUGGACAUGUCUGCUGCUUAGUGGAUCCCAUGUGCCUUUAGGAACGGUUAGCUCUCUCUAAAGGUAUUUGUACAGAGAUCUCUGCAAGAACUACAAUAUCCUUUCCAGAAACUACUUUAUACCAAAUACAAACUUGUGUUAUACCAAACAGAACAUGGACUGUCUGACAAACCCCUAAAUAUUUGUAAACAUUCAACAGAUUAUUGUGUUCAUUAAGGACAGUAAAUGGGUUUUAAACAUUAAUACUGUAAAACAUAAAUAUACUGGCAUGACUGUAAUCAGUGUUAUCAUUAACUUACUUUUAUUAAUUUAAAUGCUAAAUGAUCAUGUUAUUGUGAAAGGGGAAGAAACUUGUGUUUUACAUUUCCAGAAAAAAAACCUUCUAUAUUUGGUUCUUUGGUAGCACUAACUUAAUUUCUGGAUUUCUAAUGUGUUACUUAAUGGCUUGUUAUUGUGCGACUGUGAAAUAAACCUUUUCAUUCACAUUGCCAAUUGUUUGCUUUCAUUCAGACCAGUAAUCCUUGAGAGGCCUAAGAAAGAUUCUUACUAUUGACAGGCUAUGUUGGCUCUGUUUUUUAUUCUGUUGCUAAACCCAUAUAAGGAUAAAUGAAAUGGCAGCACUUUAGAUUACAUGGAUAGAUAAACAUGCCCAUGUAAUUAUACUGUAUUUACUGUGUGAGAGCAGAGAACUGUUGAUAACCACGUUGUUACAAUGUAAUUACAUGGUUAUUCAUGCAAGGUAAUCUGCAGUGCUACCGAACAAACCAUUCUGUACAGUAACAAAGUUUUGUGAUGUGUGGCCAGAUCUAUAUGUACAAUUUGCACAAUUUUAAUACAUUGUUAGAAAUAUUGGUUAAGCUUUACAUGAAGUUCAACAAUAUUACAUGUAAUAUAAGUACUAAGGUAUUAUUCUGGAUUUCAUAGAAAGUACACAAUAAUUAAUGGUACAUACUACACCAUUCAACAUAAACCCCAAAACUAACAUUAAUAACUCAUGAACAGUGACAGAAAAAUGGGCUUGGAUUAAAUCUGAACUCCUUUUAGUGGCGUUGAAGAACUAUCAGGCAAUACAAUCAUAAUCUGAGGAAUAUAAUGUUUUUUGGUUUUUUUAAAUAUAUUUAGAGGUUUUAGCAUGGCAUAUUUACAAGCAUCUUUAGCAAAGUAUUUAUUUUAAAAUUCUUAAAAGGCGCCUUUUUCAUUAGUUUACUAAAUAAUUUACAACAAAUAUUAAACUUGUGCAGAGUUUGCAGUACAACAGAAGAUGGUUACAUUCUUUCACUACUGCUUAUCACAAAAAAAGCCAACAUAUUUAUUAAUCCUCUCGUCUGGAUUUUUACAGUGUGUUCCAAUUGAUAUUUACUGUAAAUCCUUUUACAAAUAAUACAAAGAAGAAAAAUAAGCCAAAUCCUACAAACACAUGUUUUAUUAUACUUGAAUACAAAACAGUUACCAAGCAAAACAAUAGUUUGAAUAGGGAUUAGUUGAUACUUAUUAUAAGCAUACCUAUUACUGUUUUCAUUUGUUGAAGCAUUUCAGUUUAUCUGACAGCUCAUUUCUGCUUGCAAUUAGCUUUAUUCAAUCCAGUAUAAUUUUUUUUCAGUUAUUUCUUAGCUGUAAGUACUUAAAGAGGCUGUACAAGUCUACAGAUUGUAUGCCUAUAAAAAGAUACAUAUUUGUAAUUAAUUUAACUCAAGUCCUUUUUUAUUCUUUUCCUGUUCAGAUUUUCUAUCUACGCCUACCUCUAAUUUGCUCUGUUUGGCAUUAAUUUAGUAGUGUUAAAGGACUGUACACACGUUUUUAACAGGGCCCAAAUGGUUAUAGAGCAAUUAACUUAAAAUGUAAUUAUAAUUGUUUAUUUGCAUUUCUCUACUGUUCUAUGAUGUUUGAUGUCAAUUUGGGUGGCUCCAGGUUUCGUUGCUCUAAAAUUAUUAUCAGUUUUCUUCUAAAUCUGCCUUUACUUGGCAUUUGAGCUUCUGGAGAAUCCUGCUGAAACUCAGCAGACUUGAUUCUAUUCAAAUCAUGUGACUAUAUGACCUUUCAUCUCUGCCAGCACCACAUUUACUGUAUAUAGACAAAGGGUAGGCUGGGCAAAGCAGAGUUUAAAAGUCACAUUGUCAUGAUUUGAAUGGAAGGCUGUUCAGUCUACACACAAAGGAUUUUCCAGACAAGCUCAAAGCCUGGUAAAGGCAAAUUUUAUAGAAAAAAUAAAUAUAACUCAAUGUUGGACCAAUAAAACCUUGUGCCACUAGGUAAUAGCCAACAUUAUGCAAUAUUAAUUGUGUGUGUGUAUGUAGAUAUCUAAUCAUGAAUACAUUUGUGCACAUCAAAGCUUUUUUAUAAAAAAUGGUGCUGACCAAUAUAAGGCACUUUAUACACUAAAGAAUGUCUCCACAAAGUCAUAAAACAGUUCUUAACUAACCAUCCAUGCAUACCUCGCUUAAUUGUUGAUAUUGAGUCGAGACUGGUCACGCACUCUAAAAACUCUUCUAUAUUCCUUAAGACAUGACCACUGAUGGUGUGUAUAUAUUAGCUCAUUUGUUUUUUAAACAAGGCUACUGAGGUAAAUUGAACUCAAGUAAUUGAAUGCACUAGUUCCUUUCUGGUAGACGAUGUGUGUGUUCAUAUUGUAUAUUUGAAACCCUUUUUUUGAUCUACUGCUUUGACAUUUUAACUACAGUGACCUAUUGCUCAUGUAAUGUUUUGCUGUGUCUGUUAUGAUGUUCAUUCUAAUAAAACCCAUUCAAUUUCCCAUUUGUACCAUAAA